AGCGUCCACUCAGUGGUGUGCUAGUCGUGGUGAUCUGAACUGUAUAGUCGUGGUGAUCUGUACUGCAUAGUCGUGGUGAUCUGUACUGCAUAGUCGUGGAGCACCGCUUAUCGUGAUGUGGCCCGUACUACCCGCUGGAUAUGUUCACACUACGUGCAAUAUAGGAUACUCUCCUCCGACCACGCCGCUCACGAAUAUAGAGAACUCGGAGCGACGUAAGGAAAAAUCUCGAGAUGCAGCAAGGUGUCGGCGUAGCAAAGAGUCAGUGAUCUUCACAGAUCUAGCACAUGCCUUGCCUCUGCCAGCCAGCACAGUAGCAGGGCUAGACAAGGCCUCUGUUAUGCGACUGGCCAUUAGCUUCUUGAGAGUUCGCUCGCUGAUUGAUAAUACAAUUCCAAUGGAAGUGAAGGAAGAGCCAGUAAAGCCAAGUCCUGAGAUGUACGAUGGCCUGUUUCUCAAGGCUCUGGAAGGGUUUCUGUUGGUUGUCUCAGGUGAUGGAGACAUUGUCUUUCUCUCAGAGAAUGUGCAAGACUAUCUCGGUCUCUCACAGAUUGAUCUGAUGGGCCAGAGCAUCUAUGAAGUCAGUCAUCCCUGUGACCACAGUGAGGUGAAGGAGAUCCUCACGGGCAAAGACAUUGAGUCUCUCCAGAGGACAUUCUUCCUCCGCAUGAAAUGUACCUUGACCGGCAAAGGCAGGAAUGUUAAUCUCAAGUCAGCCACUUACAAGGUGAUUCACUGCACUGGACACAUGGUGAGCAGUGACACUCAGAGUGACAAUGGCUCAUCGAGUGAUGAAGGUAUAGACACAGGGUCAUCACCUGGCUCACAACUGUGUCUAGUAGCUAUAGGAGAGCCAAUACCUCACCCUGCCAACAUAGAAAUACCUCUGGGCUAUCAGACCUUCCUCAGCAAACACUCCCUCGACAUGAAGUUCACCUAUGCAGACGACAAGAUGGCUGAGUUUUUGGGCUAUGAUCCAGAACAGCUGAUUGGCAAGUCAGUGUACGAGUUCUACCACACCCAAGAUAGCCAGACAGUGUUGAAGGCUUUUAAAGGAUUACACUCCAAGGGACAGACACAGACGGGCAGAUGUAGGUUCUUGGCUCAUGGAGGAGGUUACAUGUGGAUACUCACCCAGGCAACUCUCAUCUACAACAACAAAGGCCAUAAACCUCAGAGCAUCGUGUGUGUACAUUUCGUCACAAGUGGUGUGGAACACAAGGAUGAGAUAUACUCGUCCAGUCAGCUAGAGAACGCUGUAGCAGUCAAGCAGGAGGUGGAGGUGCGCAAGUGUCCAGACCCCGCCACAGCUGAGCAGCUGGUGCGCAAGGUUUUCCCUCCAGCAGCCCCGCUACGCCAGACUGUCACUGCCAAACUGUUUGCUCCUCUCAGCAAAGAUACUGUCUCCCAUCCCCAGUGUAAGCCGGUUCAGCCUGUGGCCCCGCAGCCCAAGCCCCCCACAGCAGCUCCUACUCGCCCCACUGCUGUAACGUCCAAAGUCUUCUCCAAGAUUGCCGAUUCUCAGCCUAGGCCACAGACGGCCACUGCCAAGAUAUUUGCGCCUAGAACUGAAGACAUGAACAAGGGAUUCCUGAUGUUCUCCGAUGACGAGUCAGGCUUAACAAUGAUGAAGGAUGAGCCGGAGGACCUGACUCACCUGGCGCCCACGGCUGGUGACGUAUGUGUGCCUCUGGUGGCCAACGGACUGUUCAACGACAUGUUGGACCACUUCAUGUUGUCAGACAACAAUUGCUACGGCCCACUGUUGUCUGAGACGUCCAAGGAGCCUUCCCCUGCCUCCUCUCCGUACUUCUCCUACAGGGACGAACUUUCCUCCGGUUCCCUCUCGCCUCCCUUCACACAUAGCCCAGGAGAGAGUAGUCUACCAUCAUUACUGGGGGAGGAGAGUCCACCUCUAGAAGAAGGGACUUCCAUGAGCACAUUGCUGGGUCUGGACUCUCUAGACUCUGAUGAUCUCAGUGUCAAAGCUCCGUAUAUCUCCAUGAGUGAAGGAGAUGAUCUUCCACUGCUCAUGUCUCAUGAUCUGAUGUGGGGAGCUUCCACCAUACCAUCACCCUCGAAUCAGGACGGAUGGUCGUCACCACCACCACCUCUAGUUGUGGAUAAACCAGAUCUGGACUCGAGUCUGGCAAAACUGCUCAGGUCGGAGACAUCAAGCUCAAUACGAAACUUCUCACAACAUUCACCAACAAGCAAUACGCAAACGUUUACACCCAAGAAAGGGGAAGGAGGAGGGGAGAGGAGGAAGCGACCAGUGACAGAACCCAGCUCCAACGCCAGAAACACCAACUCCAAGCGGAGCAAACACAGCGCCAGCACAAUACCUAGGCCAGGGGUGUUGGACGGUGGGGGGAAACCUCCACCAAACUCUGGCAGUGUACUUAUGAACCUUCUAGUUAGUGGGUGCGAUGCUGGCGGAGGGGCCCGUGUAGCUGACACACGCUCCAGACUCAAGUCCUUGUCUCUACUAGACCCCGACUGUGACAUCAAGUUAGUGGAUCUCACGGAGCAGGACUACGAUGUCAACGCCCCCACAGGAGUCUUGCUGCAUGGCUCCGAGAUACUUACUGCUCUGGAUAUACCCAUGUAAACUUCAUCCGAGCUUAUCUAGUUUAUAUUCCUGUUUUGUUCAGUUGUGAAAAUGUAUUCACUUGUGUUCAAAAUAUAUUAGUGAAAUGGUGAGAGAGAAGUUAUGCUUUUAUAAUAAAAUAUUGAAAUUAUGUAAAACAGUUGAACGAAACAGAAGCUACAUGUAAAACAUGGAGGCUUUUUUAUUUUUAGGCAGUUUUUCACCCAAGAGGGUAUCGAAUUGUAUACAGAGAAAACUGUGUUUUGAUUCAAAUUAAUUAAUAUUUUCAACUUAGUUGGCACUUUUACUUCAGUUAACCUAAUGAUCCAGAAUAUGAUCUACUACAUGACCAAUAUACACAACCAAAACAUUAUUUUAAUUGUCAGUACCGGUAACUUGUAGUGAUAUCUCAUAUGCAUUUAUGUAUCAAUGUGUUAUAUAUUUCUACAAUAUGUAUUGAAUAAUUUCCCCCCUUUGUUUGCAUUUUGACAUAAACAUUCCACCGAUUCCUUACAGCAUUCCAGAUUCAUUGAAUUUCAUUUAUCUGCAUCUUUAAGAAAGUAUAAUGUAGGUAUACAAAUCUUGUGUUGAUGCCAAUCAUCAACAACUAACUAAUGCUUAGCUAAGAAUAAUGGGAUUAUUCAAUAGUUAAUUGUAAUCUACUUGGAAAUAAACAGUAUCAGAAAUCUGACACACACUUUCUCCCAUUAGCUUGUCAACAACUCUAACCAUGGGUAAGGGAACUAUGACAUACAGACACAUACACACACACUCAUACAUUACUUUGAAAACCACUUUUUUGGGUUCAGGGUGACCAAACCGAUAUAUCCAACCAAAGCUCACAGUUAAAAAUGUUAAAAAAUCAAUACCGGUACUUUAUCUAUAUACUAUGUAAGUCAGGCUGUAGCGGGGGAAAUAAAAUUACUAAUACAGUACGUACUUGAAUCAGCACAACAAUUUUCAGAUGAAAAUCAAGAGACUGCUGCUCGAUUUCUAAAGAAUUUAAUAGUUUCAAAGCAAAAAUUUGAAUAAUUAUUAGACUUCAUUCAUGCGGCCUACUUUACUUAUUAAAUAGAAAUAUUAUUAUUAUUUGCUAAGAUCAUCAGGUUAACUAAUGUAAAACUGUUUGGAACUCUUAGUGCACAAUGUGAAAAUAAUAAAACAAUUAAACAAUAGUUAAACUUAUUGUACAUAGAGACCUGUAUAAUGUAAAUAGAAAUGCAUUCCACUUUUUUCAGUCUGACUUCAUCAACUUUUAGUAGUUUAUUUGUUUUUUUUUUUUAUGUACAGUAUAAUUGUUUUGUGCCAAAACUCACAUUCAUUUGUAUACGGUAGCAUAUGCUCUCUUUUCACUCUUGCAUUUUCUCAUCUGCAUCAAAAAAAGCUCAUCACAGGGUCAUAUAAAAUUUACUUUACUUUUAUAUUUCUUGUCGCUUGAUAAGUGGAUUUUAUUUAGUAAAAUUUAGUUAUCUUAGCUUCACUAUUGUUAAAUAUAUAGGUUUUGUGUAUAGCAUUUCUUGUAUAAAGCUUUUAUUUACUAACAAUGUCCAAAUACUUUAGAAUAUAUUUUAUAGACAGACAAUUUAAAAUACCAAUUUAUUAAUUUAACAUGAAUAUUAUAUUAUAUAAAGUAUAUGUUUGUUAUGAUAGUUUUGUGAUCGUUUUUCCUGAUAUCAUAUGGACCACAGUCUCUACCUUUCAACAAAUUUUUGCAGAAGGUUUUUUUGUAUUUGUUUGAAUUUUGUUAAAGAUGGAAAUAUUUUACACAGAAAGAGUUUGCUCUUUAGGUGUGCAUAUUUUGUAAAAAUAAUAUAGACAGAUUGUUACUCCAUUCAUGGCUCUAUUUUCAAUACUGUGACAGUAAUAUAGCAGGUUCAAUAUCGAUGUCUCUACAAUCAAACACUUGACUGGGGCUCUGGUAUAACAAAUCAGUGUAAUAAAAAUACUGUCUACAACCUAAUUCCUCUGAAAUUUACUUUUCCCUUUUUAAUUUUGGAUUACUGUACAUAUGCUGUCCUUACAAUUUUAUGUUUUUAAACUGUGUUAAGUGUUUGUAGAUAUUAGGUACAGAGUUUAUAAAAGUCAUAUAAUAUAUUCUUUGAUCCCUUAGCUUAUCUCUCUCUGCAUUUGUGUGUUAAAUAUUUUAUAUUGUUUUGCUUAUUUUUUUUAGUUUUAAGUAUUCAAUUUUAGAAGUAUUUAAACCAAACAGAACUGUGUGAUUUCUAUGUAAUCAGAUUUUACAAAGUUCUCAUAAAUGUCAAAUAUCUGGCUGGUGUAAUCAAUUAAUAUCAUUUUAGCCAAUCACAAUUUCUCAACAGAUUCAGAAUCCAUUUGCUGGUCAGUGUUUUUAUAGGAUUUGUCUACAUGUAUGGUUAUGUCUUACGUUUUUAUUUUGCAUUGACCUGUCAGUUCAGUUAUACAAUAACUACUAUUGAUAUUUGCUGAUGUACCAUUUUUAGCAGUUUUAAUUUGGAUUGUAAAAAGAAGAAUUUUAAUCUUACUUAAUAAGUUACCGAACUAUGCCCCAGUCAAACUUAACUGUUAUUACACAUGUGUAUGUAAAUAUCAUUUGUCUAUAGAUUUUAUUUUAGUGUAAUAAUCUAACUCAAUGUAGAGGAUUUAAUAAGGGUAUAUUUUAAGAUCAAAUAACUUUAGUUUUACAUUACUGUCAAAUCUAUUGGGAGUGUGUUAGUUAUUGUUGUGCGGUGCAAUUGUACAAAUCUAUUAAAAAUAACUCUUGAGAUUAA